UUUCUCCCAAAUUCGACUCUUUCAAUCCAAUCUCCUCCUCUUCCACCACCUCCAUACCAUAAGGAACAGCCAAAAUCCCUUCUAAUCACCGGCUAUUCCCAGUUAAAAUCCGAUCUCCAUGACGUACGGACAGAGCAUCGAUUCCGAAUUCCAUAUGCUGGAUUCCAUACGCCGGCACCUGCUCGAGGAAUCCAAUCCGGCGAAGAAUUCCACUGGAUUGCCGAUGUACUGCAGGAGCUCGAGCUUCAACAGCAGCUUUUCCCACUGCCUGACGGAGAAAUGGGGCGAGCUGCCGUUUAAGGUCGACGAUUCUGACGACAUGCUACUAUACGGAGUCCUACGGGACGCCGUUAGCAGCGGUUGGACUCCAUCUCUGACAGAGAACUGGGGCGAGCUGCCGUUAAAGGUCGACGACUCUGAGGAUAUGCUGCUGUACGGAGUCCUACGCGACGCCGUUAGCUACGGAAGGAUUCCAUCUGUGACGGAGAACACGGCGUGUCCGUUGGCAACCGUUAAGUCCGAGCCACUGGACAUUCCGCCGGCGAUUCAACCGGUGGAGGCGGCGGUGGUGAAGACGGAGAUUUCAUCUCCUACUCCAUCGCCGGCGCCGGCGCCGGCGCCGGAGAAGGGGAAGCAUUACCGGGGCGUCCGGCGCCGGCCGUGGGGGAAAUUCGCGGCCGAGAUACGCGACCCAGCGAAGAACGGCGCGCGUGUGUGGCUGGGGACGUUCGAGACGGCCGAGGACGCCGCUCUAGCCUACGACCGCGCCGCGUACCGGAUGCGCGGAUCUCGAGCGCUGCUCAAUUUCCCCCUCCGGAUCGCUUCGGCAGGAACCGAUCCGGCCCCGAUCAUGAAGCGUGCUUCUCCGGAGCCUUCUUCGCCAUCAUCGUCAUCAUCAUCAGAAAAUGGAUCGCCGAAGCGGAGGAAGAGAGGGCAACCGGAAGUACCGGUUCAAACCGGGUUGGAUUUUGGUAGCAGACCGGAAGUCUGUCCGGCUGGGCCUAAUGUAGGCCCCUUUACAUUUGGCGAACAUCUGUUGGUUAGUUAAUGUCCACGUGGCAUGAGAUUGAGAGCUUGCCCUCCCCAUUUUGGACAUAUGUGUGGUGAUGGGGAGAUGUGCGAAAAUUCAGAGAGUUUUCUCCUCUUCUUUUUUUAUUUAUUUUUUCUUUUUCUUUUUUUUCCUGAUUUUGUGAAUAGAGUUUUUCUACGAGUAUUAUUUUAUUUGAUUUCAGAAAGAGCUUCCGAGAAGUAAACAACCUAUAAAUGGACGGCAGGUUUAUUUUA